AUUCUACACGUGGCGAGAUAUCAGUAGGAAUUUAAGAGCACGAAACUAAAGCCACCGAUCAGAGCUAGAAGAAAUCGUAGUUUCUUAUCACGCCUCUUUCUUUCGUUCAAGAAUCGAUUCUCUUACCGACUGUUUGGUUGCCAGGAAAAUGAAGGAUAACUACGGAGGAGAAUAGAGAUAUCAAUACGAUCGAGUUCUUGAGGCACUUGGGUCAUAUGAGGUGCUUACUUGGUUGGAUUGGUUCCCAAACCCUUGAUUCGGAUGCGCAGCUUUUGCUUCUUCUUCUUGCACAUAAGGUGGGUUGGGGGAGUUUGAAUUCUUUCUGUGGAAGAAGUUGUCUGUUUGGGUUUUCAAGUUUGGGGAAGAAGAAGAAGAAGAAGAAAGGAGAAGGAAGGGGUAUAUGAUAUGGGUCAAAGAGAGGAGAUAGAGCUUAAGUUCAGGAUUUAUGAUGGGACAGAUAUAGGACACCAUUCUUAUGCACCAUCUAUGACAGUAGCAAAUCUCAAGAAAAGGCUACUUGCUGAGUGGCCUCAAGCGAAAACAGUGACACCCAAGUCUGCAAAUGAAGUUAAACUCAUACAUAGUGGCAGAAUUUUAGAGAAUAACAAAACACUUGCUGAUUCCAGAAUAACCUCUGCUAACCAGCCUGGUGGUGGGGCUGUAAUCAUGCAUGCAGUAGUGCAGCCCCUUGUACCGAAACAAAAGAAGACAGAUAAAAACCAGAAAGAUAUGCAAAAGAUGAAUUCAUGCUCCUGCACCCUUCUUUAAUCUGGGAAGCAGUCUCUGUAGCUGCGAUUGCAGAGAACCACCACAUUUAAUUUUUCACAUGUUAUUUUGUUUCAUUUUUUCAUAUUUGAUUCAAGUUGUGUGUAAAAUUUUGAGUGACAUAUAUAGUCAUGCAGUUAAGUUGCCUUUGUUUCUUGAAACUACUGGUCAUAUUGCUUUAUUUUUUCAUAUCAGGAUCAGGGGACUA